ACUCGGAGAGCCAUUUGCUUCAUCUUCUUCCUCCUCCUCUACUACUCUCUUCUGUGUCCUCUCUCUCUCUCUCUAAUCUCCUCUGCGCCCACACAGACAUCAACAGUAAUGGCUUGUGUUCGGUCUAUUGGGUCUUUAACUUCUCUCACUCAUUCUCCACGAGAUGUUACUCGCUCAGGCAUUGUUGUAUCUUCAUGCUCUGUUCUACCAAUCAAAGGCUCAUCGUUCACUGGCUCGCCUGUGUCUCUCCCACGGGGACAACCCUCAUCUCGAACAGCCCUAAGACCGUGGAAACCUGUCCCAAUCACGAUGAUGGUAAAGCCGGCUCUCCAAUUCAUCCAAGGGACAGAUGAGAUGACGAUCCCUGAUGUUAAGCUCACUCGAUCAAGAGACGGAAGUAACGGUAUGGCACUCUUCUCAUUCGACCAGCCAUCAGUCUUUGACUCAAGCGGUGAAGUCGGGGAGAUAACGGGAUUGUACAUGAUUGAUGAGGAAGGUGUGAUUCAGUCUACGGAUGUGAACGCGAGAUUCGUGAACGGGAAACCUGAAGGGAUUGUGGCGAAGCACAUAAUGCGAACACCGAAAGAAUGGGAUAGGUUCAUGAGGUUUAUGGAGCGGUACUCUGACCAGAAUGGCUUGCAGUUCGUUAAGAAGUAAUGAGGUGGGAGACUUUUCCAAUGAGCAUAUAUAAUUGUGUAUGUUACAUUAAAUUUAUAAUCUUUUACUCUCCCUAGUUUUGAUCUUUACUUGAGUUUCUUCAACUCACAGUGGUAUAUGCAUUAUAUAUAGUUCGUUAUCAUUUCAAUCUA